GCUGUUUCCUAGAAGAGUGAUAACUGAAUGGAGAAAACCAAAUAAAAAAUGAGUUGUUUGGCUACAUUCCUCCAGUGACUAACAUAAUUGUACAGUGUAGAAAGGGUCAGCCUGUAGGAAGUUAGGGCAAGGGAGAGGAGGCAUUACCAUCUUUAAAGAGUCAUUAGGAGCAGUUCAGUUGGGCUUUAAAGUUGGUGUGGGAGUGUUUUCCCUUUGUCAAUAAUUAAUCAUUAAGCUCAGCCUAACAGGAGCUGGGUAUAAGUGAUAGAGGCCAGGGUGGAGCUGUAGGAAUCCUAGCUCAGAGACGGUGAGCAGCACUCUAUGCAGUGAGGAGUCACACAGCCCAGCAGAUACAGCUCACCCUACCCAGUACAAGAGGAACAGCCACAGAAGGUUCAGUUUCCUCUGUAUUUUACAGAGGAAAGAAAUCUAUUUUAAACUUCCAACGUUCUGGAGAUUUUUCCACCGAAGGACGCUAUUAAUUCAUCCAGGAUAUUCUAAGAUCGUUCUUCUGGAACCAGAAUAAGUACCAGAAUAAGAACCAAACCAAAAUGGAUUUUAAGCAGGUGAAGGACUAUUUUUCCUGGCUUUACUAUCAAUACCUCAUUAUUACCUGUUGCUCUGUCUUGGAACCAUGGGAACAAUCCAUGUUCAAUACCAUUUUUUUCACCAUUGUUGCCAUGGUGAUAUACACAGCCUACGUCUUCAUUCCGAUCCACAUUCGUCUGGCUUUGGAGUUCUUCUCAGAACUAUUUGGAAAUCAAAGUACAACCUCUGUUUCAAAUUGACUUUACCUAAACCAAGUGGUCCCUGCAUCCUGAACGCUAUGAAUUCCCACCGCAAAGUUGAAUAUUGCUUAAUAAUGAGCUCACUGUUGCAAAAAUUGUGGCUCUGACCUGAAAAGCAGAAUUUUCUCAAAGUAUUGCUGUGCAAUUGUUGUGUUUUUUAAUAAUAUGCAUAUCUCCUUAUGUUCUUGUGAGAAUCCACUCUAUGCACUUAAUCGUUGCCAUAUAG